AGCGCGACAGACUCAACACAAACACAAAAUUGUCAUGUCAUUACCCAACGGAUACGGUGCAAGUAAGUGCAAGUGACUCAAAAACCAUUUCAGUCGAUUAUGCUCGCGCUUACUUGCAACUGCACCCGGCAUACUCUUCGCUAACCACCAAUUUUUAUCUCUUUCAUUACAUGUUAAGAAUUUAGUUUUCAGUUUGCGAUAGUAUUGUUUGUGAGUGAUCUAGUGCCAAGUGAACGAAGGAAUUGUGGAAUUCGUUCUAUUUAUAAGAGCUUAAAUCAUUUAGCGGCAUUCCUAAUCUGGGAACCGUUUGUUUUUGCUAAGUGAACUUAAUUUCCGAUAAGCUUUGACAUAAUAAGAAACCAAACUGUAAAGUUCGUAAAAGUGAUGUGCUGUGAUAACGUGAAAGUUUAAGUUUUGCGAGGGUUGUGUUUUCGUUUUUGGAAAAGUUGUGUGUUGUGAUUUAGCUGCUCUGUUAGCUUGGAUAUUCCACCAUAAAAAUUGAAAACUUAAAAAAAUACCACCACUGCCGCCAUGAGGGAAAUGUGCAAAAGCGGCGCUGUGGUAGCAGCCGUCGUAGCAGUCCUCGAAAAGCAAAAACUCGGCACCGGCCAGAAGAAUCACAAAUAUCAUCGAAUCCAGCCGGGUCACGAUCGAAAUACCGCCGCAUAUUCCACAUCCUCCAUAGACACUAAAAAUAUCUUUUGUUUGGAUUCGACCGACGACGCCGAUGUCGGCCCGUUCAGCUUCGAAUCGGCCGUCAAAGAUUUCAACAGCGUCGCGGAAGACGUCCAGCAAUUCUGCUCCACGGAUUCUUUAAAGAGAAGGCGAUCCCCUACCAAAACGGAUUCACCCGCUAAAUCGGAUUCCCCCGCGAAAACGGAUUCCCCAUCGGAUCCGGACAGUCUGGAAGACGAGAAGAAUGGAUCGAACGAUAUCGGGGAGAAUCAUGUGAAUCGUGGGGAUUGUGGGGGCGGUGGGGAGGAUAGUGAUAGUGAUGGAGCGGGGGGUAGUGAUAGUGAUGAAUCGGAUAGUGACGAGGAGAAGGAGCAUUUGAUCAGCGAAGGUUUGGCUACGAUCGCUGAAGAGGUUAGCGUACAUUCUGGACCAGGACAGGAAGAUGAUUCGAGUAUCGAAGACGAUUCGACCUUGAAAGGUCAACAGAACCAAGCAUGGUCCGAAGUCUACUCCAAUCAGGGCUCCACUUCGGACUUGUCAACAACGUCUUCGGAACGACAAACCAAUUUAAGAGCAGAUAGCUCAACACGUUGCAACAGCGAUUUCCAAUGGAUCCGUAAGGAACCCCCUGAAGCCCCGCCGCCCAAAAUGGAGGAAGUGGAACCGCUCCCCUCCGCCAAACCGCCUCUAAGUCGUUCUUUCCGCGAAAAAACGCCACGUAAAGAAAAAAUAGCAACUGAAAGUCUGGAUAGGAGAAAAAGACACCAGAAUCGGAUAGAACGCGAUCAGAAAGCGAGAUCGUCGCAUAUAUUGAAGAGCCCGCCUAGAUUGGAGGAUUAUACAGGGACGGUGUCCUCGGGUGGGUGCCAAAAUUUUUGCUGUAACCCGCACGAGUUUUGUUACGAUGGAUUCCAGAGGCGGCAUGAAAGGUACGGCAGCAACCCCAUGUUAGAGAGGGAACAACAGCAUCAAAGAUUCAUGGAAAGAGGCAGCCAUCCAGACAUUUAUGGAGACUUCGGCAGAUAUAGGCACGAUAUGCAAUGUUGCUCUUAUCACAUGGCACCAGUGGUUCCUCCAUGUUGUUAUUACGGUGAUAGAAACUACCAUUGGACACCACCGAAUUAUCCUAAGUCAGGAGACCUCGACGAACGCUUCAGAAAAAUCCAAUAUGAAAAGGACAACCUUCAGUUGCAAGUACAAGUCUUGUCAGACCAAAUCGAAGCUCAAUCUGAUAAGAUAUCCGACUUGGAGAAGAUGCUGCAAGAAAAGAAACAACUUUUAUCUGAUACCGAGGACAAAUUACAAAGGGAAAUGUUGUCUAGAUCGUCAUUGGAAACGCAAAAAUUGGAACUGAUGUCGAUAAUGAGCGAACUGAAACUACAACAAGCUGCUUUAGAAAGGGAAAACUUGGACUUGAGGAGUCAUUACAAUAACAAUGCAGAGAUAAAGAAACCUCCAAUUAUGCCUGCGAGAAUGUCAUCCCAACCUACUUUAACCUCUACACCUGUACAACACAUUAGUAACCAGCAAUUAAACAGAAUAUCACCAUCACCCAGUCCCGUUACGUUAGCAGGAAACAGCCCAAGGCGAAUAGAGUUCAAUGCUCAAAUCCAACAGGAUACACAGAGACCAAAGACUCCACCAGCCAACUACAAGCGACAAAUAGACGUCCAUUACGGCAGCCUUCCGAGACAACAGUUCCUGGCGAACGGCGGGAUCGAUAGUAACGCCAAUCCGGCGGCUGCUAACGGCGGUACCAAAAAAGGAGUAGCCUUCGCGGAAACAGAAAAAGUAGUAAUAGAAGAUGCGCUUAACGACUCCACGGGAUCACCCAUAUCGUUUAACAAAUCGAAGGGCAUCAAGAAAAUAUUCGGCAAAAUAAAACGAUCCGGUUCCGGGAAUCUGGAAGACAUACCGGGAUUGAGCGAGUUCCAAAGAGGCGGCGUCAGAGCGACGGCGGCUGCCAGAUUGGGAUGGAGCGAACCUCAGAUUGUACAAAAAUAUGAACAGGUUCAUUCCUUUUGCAGACCGGAUAAGCCCUUCUCCGAAUGGGACACUGAAAACAUAUGCGAUUGGCUGCAAGAUUUAGGCCUGGACAGCUACGUCGCCGACGCUAAACGUUGGGUGCAGAGCGGUCAACAGCUUCAAGAAGCUUCGAUCUCCGAAAUUGAAAAGGAAUUGAACAUUAAAAAUCCGUUGCACAGGAAGAAACUGCAAUUGGCGUUGAUCGACACGCAAGCCAAUGGUUCUAGCGAUCUUUAUUUAGCCCAAGCAGGUAAACUAGACACCGCUUGGGUGUUACGAUGGUUGGACGAUACGGGUUUGCCGCAGCACAAAGAGAACUUCUUAAUCAACAGGGUAGACGGACGCGUACUUCACAGACUGACAAUCGACGACUUGGCAUUGUUGCACGUUACGUCAAUGUUACACGUUGCCAGUAUCAAGAGGGGUAUUCAAGUUCUGAGAGAAAAUAAUUAUGAACCGGGUUGUUUGCAGAGGAGAUCUCUUCCAGAUGAUCCACAACAGCCGGGUGUGAAGCAGAUAUCUUUGUGGACCACUCACAGGGUAAUGGAAUGGUUGAGAGCAGUCGAUUUGGCGGAAUACGCGCCGAACUUGAGAGGCGCCGGCGUUCACGGUGGCUUGAUGGUGUUGGAAUCGAAGUUCAACGCGGAAUUGAUGGCGGCUCUUUUGGCUAUACCGCCGGGCAAAACGUUGUUGAGACGCCAUUUGUACACGCAUUUCAACGAUCUUCUGGGCAAAGACGUGAUUCAAGAGAAAAGAGACUGUGAGUCGACGAUGGGAUAUAUUCCGUUGACGCCUGCAUUGAAAUUAAAGGUACCGAAAAAGUCUCAGUUUUCGUUGAAAAGAAAAAAAUCGAAAGGGGAAGCCGAUUAUGGGGACCUCGUGUGUCCCCUGAAUCCAGACAAAACAGGUGAAAUGACUGGCAAUGCUCUUAACAGCUCUAUGGGUAUGAUGAAGAUAAACCUCGAGGACGAGGCUGUCUUUCGUCACGUUGAACAUAAGUCUGCAAGGUCGCUACCAGCCUCGAUAGCUAAUUCUCCUGUUCCACAAAGACACGUCUGAUAAUAAUUAGUGUGUAAGCAAACAAAAUAGAAAUAGCGUUUAAGGAGUGUACACCGACGUUUUUAUUUUACCAGAAAUUUCUUCAAAUGAAGAUUUUAGUUACUGCAUGAUGGUGGACGUUUUGACAUAUUUAUUGUUAUAUUUCCAUUUUUACAAGAAAAAAUUAUUUUUAAUUUUUAAUCUGUUAAAAUUUGACAAUUCAUAUAUAUGACUGUAAUAUGGCGGACGUUUUGACAUAUUUAAUGUCAAAUUACAGAAUAUAAUACUGUUGAUAGGCUGAUAAGGAGUUAUAAGUAGGAUUGGGCGAUUAUUUAAAAUAAAUCGAUUAUUUUCGAGUAAUCGAUUAUAUUCUAUUAAACGAAAAUAAUCGAUUAUUUUUAAUCAAUUUAAUGUAAUGGAUUUCGAAUAAUCGAUAAUUGAAUAAUCGCGAAAUCGAUUGAUAUCUGUUAAUCGAUUAAUAUUUUCAAAUAAUAUCGAAAGAAAAAUCGAAAACGAAUCGAUUCAUCGAAAAUAAUCGAUUAAUCGAAAAUAAUCGAUUAUUCGAGAAGAAUCAAUUAAUUGAAAAGAAUUGAUUAUUCGAAAAUAAUCGAGAGUAAUAAUUGAACAAGCGCUUAAUCGAAAAAUAAUCAAUUCAUUGAAAAAUAAUCGAUUCAACAAAUAAUUAUUAAUUGAAAAUAAUCGAUUCAUGGAAAAUAAUCGAUUAAUCAAAAAUAUCGAUUAAUUUAAAAUAAUGGAUUAAUCGAAAAAUAAUCUAUUGAUUGAAAAGAAUCGAUUAAUCAAAAAUAAUCGAUUCGAAAUAUUAUCUAUUGAUCGAACAGAAUC